UCUGCCAACUCGACUUGGUUUCAAGAACCCUCCUCAAGCGUUCAAAACCGAGACCCUUCAUGUUGAUCAAAAUGCCCGCCCCCUACACCCCCAAAACCACCGGCACCUGCCUCGUGGACGAACUCUCCUCCCACAUCCACAACAAAGUCAUCCUCACCACGGGCGUAUCGCCAGGCAGUCUCGGCGCCUUUUUUGUCUCAGCCAUUGCCGCAGCCAACCCUUCUCUCCUCAUCCUCGCCGGCCGCGACCCAGCCAAAGUGCAGCAAACAGCCUUUGAUCUAGCGAAAUCCCACCCGGGCGUCAAGACCCGCACCCUGCGUCUCGAUCUGGGCUCACUUCAGGCUGUCCAUGAGGCGGCGGCCGAGGUGAAUUCCUGGGGGGAUGUGCCCGCUAUUGAUGUUGUGGUGAAUAAUGCGGGGAUUAUGGGCGUGGAGUACGGGCUCACGCCGGAUGGAGUUGAAAGGCAUUUUGGGACGAAUCAUUUGGGGCAUUGGCUGUUUACGAAUUUGAUUAUGGGGAAGGUCCUGAAGGCGAGAGAGCCGAGGGUGGUGAGUGUGAGUAGCUCGGGGCACAGGGUUAGUCCGGUGCGGUGGGAUGAUUUGGAUUUUCAUGGUGGGACGAAUUACAACAAGUGGAGGGCCUACGGGCAGUCCAAGACGGCCAACAUCCUGAUGGCUGUAUCGCUGGCUGAGAAGCUGGGGAAGAAGGGGCUGCUGGCCUUUAGUGUGCAUCCUGGUGUCAUUAUGGAUACGAAUCUGAUUAGCCAUCUGGAUAUCCAGAACGAGUUGGACGGCAUGGCUGAGGUGGACAAGGUGAUGGGCAACAAGGAGGGCUGGCCUAAGGAGACAGGCGGGUAUGACUUGAAGACGCACGACGAGGGCGUUGCUACCUAUGUGUUUGCGGCGUUUCAUCCAAGUUUGAAAGACCACAACGGUGCCUACCUCUUGGACUCGCGGGUUGCCGACCCAUGGACUGGCGAGAUCAAACCUUGGGCCACGAAUCCAGUCGAGGCUGAGCGGCUGUGGAAGCUGAGCGAACGUCUGGUUGGCCAGGAGUUCUCAUACUGA